AUGACGCAGCGGCGGCUGGAAGAGGGCGAGAGGCUGCGGAAGGAACUGAUGGAGUACGUGAAAUUUAUCGUAGCCAUCUUGCCGGACAACUGGAAGGGCUACGCCACCCAGGGCCUGGACGGUCAGGAGUUCCCCCUGUCCCCAGAGCUGCAGCAGCAGCUGCGAGAGGCGUGCGGCAGGCAGCCGGGCGACGGUCCGAAGGGCCACGUGCAUCCGCCGCACCCAGCCGGCGCCCCCGCGGAGCCGCUGCCGCCGCUGCGGGCCCCAAGGCGGAGCUCACCGGGCGCCUCGCACGCCGCGCACCAGAAGUCGCCCUACGGUGUGCCGCCCCAGCAGCCGCCCGCCCGCGCGAAGACGGCACGCUGA